AUGCUCUCCCAUCAUCAGACUUCACCACAUGACUACCCUGCUGGCUCGGUAACCUGUUUGAUUCCUUCAGCCCCCCUGCACCAAGCUCUACUGGUCAGCAAUCAACGGCUGCCUAUUCAGCCUCCUGCAGACAUCCCGACACGUUCCCCUGGUGGAUCCUCCGUCCCGAGCACCAUUCUGGCUAACGGCGGUGUACGUACUUGGAAGCCCAAACGUACGGCUGAGGAGAUGCAAUUGGCCGACCUCAUUGCGGCUGAGAAACGUGCGCGUAGGUUUCAGAACCAAGCUGAUAAGGCCGCAGAAGCUUGUAAGAAGCAUGCGACCAUUGCAGCAAACAAGAUCCUCAAGGCUCAGAAGGCCGCGUUGACAACCCCUUGGCCGGUGACCUGGAUGGAGGAACAGACAAUCGAGCUGUUGAAUUUUGUGAGGAUGGUCAAAGAGGACCAUAGUCAGGUGACAGGCGGUUUUAUACCGUUUGGGAAGUCCUUUGCGGCUUAUACUGCCCGUCCAGAGGCAUUCCCCCUCCUGCAAUCCUUUUCGACUUCCACCCGUCUAUCCAAAUAUCGUGCCCUGAUGGAUAAGUGGAAGAAAGUAAAAGACGUCGUGGAACGGUCUGGGGCGGGCGGAUUAUCACCGGCUCUGGAAGCAGGCGGUGUCUCCCAAGAGGUUUGGGACUUGAUCCUCGAUAUGCACGGGGAUACCUCGGCAGCGACCGGUGAGGGGUUAUCUAGUUUGUAUGCCAAUUAUGAAACCCUGCUGGAGGAAUCACCCCCAUCGGUCAGUUCUGGCGACUCUGGGUCAUCGGACGUUAAUGAGCCCGAUAGCCUCCCCACAACGCCUGCCCCCCGGAAGAAGAGGCUCACCAAGUACCAACGGCUAUCAGCCGGCCUGAACCCAGCCAAACUUGCCUUGGAUCCUGACUUGGAAUCUGAUACAGACCUACCUGCAGAGCUUGUUUUGGGGCCCCCUGGGGCCUCGACCGGUUCGGCCGGGCUGCAGGGGACUUUCCCCACUGCGGUUGUGGGGGGCUCAGUUGCCAACUGUCAGACACUGAGACACUAG